AGAUCAAGCCAGCCACCCCCCCCCCUUUUUUUUUUUUUCUAUCCGGCUUCCGAAGUUCCGACAUCCGGUUCUAACAAGGCCAAAGUUCAACAUGUCUCAGGUCCAAGUCUCUAUCUAACACAAUUACAUGACAUUUUCGAUGUCGACGCAUAAAUAAAGUGGCAAUGUCUUCUCCAAUGGUCCGUACGCGGAUCGCUAAUGCUUGCGAUACGUGUAAACAGCGUAAAGUCAAAUGCGACGGGAACUUACCUUGUAGUUACUGUAAGCGUCGCCAGGGAGAUUCGACGUGCCGGUUUUCUCCUACGCCUCGUCGUCGACCGAGGAGACCGCGUUUGCCUUCUCCGGAGACAUCCGUAACCCAAUCGUCCGUUCCGUCGGUAGGGCCGGAUGUAUCUGCCCAUGUUCCCGUCUCUUCGGCCGAACCGUCUGGCAUUCAUACCGCUCAUACAACUCGAACCCGCACGUCGGAUGAUAUCACCCUUCGCAGCGACGCCUCCGCCGAGGAAGAAGCCGAUGUGCCCCGCGAAGCCCGUUUGUUGCGCGAUGCUCAUGGAAAACUAACUUUCGUCGGAGACUGCGCGCCGCUCUCUCUUUUCCAGACUGUACGCCAGAUAGUGACAUCUCGGGUAGAUCCGAAUGCCUUUGCUCCACAAACAGGACAAACGGGACGGGUUUCAAUGUUGGAAAACUCUUCCUCCUACCUGUCAUUUUCGGCUAUCGGCAAGGAACCACCAUAUGUGGACUCUGCUACUGCCGGACAGCUAGUGUCAUCGUUUAUAUCAGUGACCUCUGGACUAGUUAAUCUCUUUGAGAAUAAAAACCUCGAGAACAAUAUAUCGGCAUGGAUUGCUAAAGAAGGAGAAUCCGCCGACGCAACAUCCGCAGUCAAUUACUUAGUUCUGGCUAUCGGUUCGCAGUCUGUCAAUGAAGAAUCCGCUACUAGAUCUUUUCAAUAUGCGAAGACCCUAGCUCUAUCAUGCCUCGGUGGUGAUCUAGGAAUUGAGACAGUUCAAGCUUUCGCCCUUGUGACCAUAUAUAUGCUUCGAGCAUGUCAGAUCAACGGGGCUUAUCUUUUCUUCGGCAUCGCUGCGCGGGCGGCGUACUCGAUUGGCCUGCAUAGAACGGAAGUAAAUACUCGGUUCGGAUCCAAUACGCAUACCCAAAGAGACCGCCUUUGGAAGAGCUUGCGAGUUCUAGAUUUAUUUCUGAGCAUAUCUAUGGGUAGGCCACCAUCUAUGUCAGACGUAGACUGCACGGUGCCUUGUCGAACUUUUAACGCCAACGGCCAAGAGCAGUACGACCUUUUGAAUGCCUCGGUGCAGAUACUCUCGAUUACCGAAGAAAUCGUACUCCGGGUAUAUUCCAGAAGAAAAAUCUCAUUCCAACUUACUGAGGGAAUCUCCCGCCAACUUCGAGAUUGGUCAAGUAGGUGGCUCCCUCGCCUCAAACAAACCGUUGCAGAAUCACCUCGAGAGGAUGAAGCGGAGAUCAUCGGUGCGUGUCAAGUCAUGUCUUCUUAUUAUUAUGCCGUCAUGCUAGUAGCGAGGCCUUUCCUCAUGUACGAGUUGUAUAAGCGCCUACCUGAUCCAGACAUUCCUACUGUGACCAAUCUGCCCAAUGGGGGUAGCGACAACUCAGGGAGAACGAGGCUCGCAAAUGCAUGUAUUGAUGCAGCAAGUUUGAUGGCUGAGUCAAUAGCGGACUUGGUAAAUCGGCAGAUCCUAGACGGACGCAUGCCGUUGAUAGUCUCAUGGCUCUUUGCUUCAUCCUUAGUACUUGGCGUUGGCCUCCUUGGGGGGUUUGGACGAAUACUCGAAAAGUACGCUCGGAUGUCUAUUGCUGGGUUAGAAUAUUUUGCGAGGAGCGAUGCGCAUGCUCUGCAAUACUCGCUUAUUGCUAAGUCUUUACUAUCUAGCGCUCUGAAGCAUCUCCAAAAGCAAGACAUCGACGAACGUCUUCGAAUCACAGAGAGCUCGUCUAAGCUGUUUGGACUGGUGCCAAAAGAGCGACUGCCCCAUGAGGACACCCUCCCUACUGAUACUAGCCAGCCCGGGAUUCUUCCAUCAGACAUGGAAUCAGCCAAUGUGCCUCAAGAUUUGCUAACGCACGAGCUAUUCGCUUCACCUUUCCACGACAUUGAUCCGGCCCUUCUAUCGUUAGGCUGUUCGCUUGAUUCCACAGCCGGUGCUUUUCUAGGUAGAGACCAGCAGGAUCGGAUUGAUCACGUUUUCGGCGCCCUCAACCUGUUCCCCCUAUUAGACGGAAAUGGCCAUAUAGAUCUCGUGCAUAACCUUUAAACGUUCCUCCUCGUGGGCAUUAAAAAACGAGAACUGCCAACAAAGCAGCUUCUACUCUAUCUGUUUCGGUCUAGGGAUCGGUGAUCGAGGCUUCUAUGUCUCUUAGAUUACGAAACGUCGCGUCAAAUUAGUGUGGCCUAGAUGAAUGAUGCGAGUAACGGAAAGGCCCCAGAGUGAGAAAUCCAUCAGCUUCGCCAGAACCAAACUACCAAGAACAGAGGUCGCAAGACCGUUUUUCAAUCGGUCAUCCUAGAGACUUAUAUGCUCCUUUUCUUCGUGGGACUAUCCGAGAUACUCAGAUAAAUCUUAUUGGAUAUUUAAUACAUAAUACUUCUACCCAUUCAAAUAGUAUAUUUACCUCUUCCAGGUUUUGGACCGGUGAGGCAUUAUUUGAUCAGACAGAGAAGCAAUUUGCAUCUACUAGCAGCAUGGAUUUCUCGAACCCAACAUAGGCGUCGACGAUAUUAUCCGCAACGAUGCUAGGCUUUUCGAUUAUGCCGCACUGAUAAACUGGCCUCAUGGUCACACUAUCGGGAGCAAAGACAAACUAGCAUUUCAAGAUAGAUUGAUCAAAUUCCUAUCCUCGGCAAGUUUUGGA